GCGACGCUCCCUGGCCGGCCCGGGGCUCGGGCGGAGGGGACAUGCCGGGCGGGGAGCAUGGCGGGGCUGCCGCUCCCGCCCCGCCCGGGCCCGGGCCCAGCGCGUCCUCCGCCCGCUGAGGACACGCUGCCCCGGGAGCCGCAGGGCGCGCGGCCUGCGGGGAGCAGCUGAGCCGGCUCCCGCGCCGCGCCUGCCCAGAGUGAGCGGAGCAGCCCGGAGCGGUAGGAAACGCUUGGCCCUGCUGCCCCGGAGCGGACCUCGACAGUCCCCGAGUGCUGAGAAUUUCCCCGGCCCUGGUUGCCUCUGCCUGCCUUGCCAAGUCCCCCGAAAUCCAGGGUCCCUCCAAGAGGACCAUGGUGUAGCUGUGUCUCCCCUCUCAAGGUGAUGCUGCCCAGGAGGCACCGAACAUGGAUGCGGGGACUGGAGGGCCCCCCACUUGCUUCUGUUACCCUAAUGCUGCUUCUUGGCAUCUUUUGGCUGCUGGGGGUUUGCGAGAAUCUGUCCUUAGCGCCAGCCCUGCUGUUCAGACACUUCCAAGUGUAUCGCCUGGCCACCUACUGUCUGUGCCACACGGAUCCCGCCCUCCUGCUCCUCAACGUGCUGCUCUUCCCUGUGCUGGGCUGGCGCCAGGAGCGGCACCAGGGCACCCUGCGCUACCUCCACGCCUCCCUGCUCAGUGCGGUGAUCUCGGCUGUGCUCUACCUUGUCCUGGCCCGGCUCUGGGCGCCUCCCCCUGCUGCUGCCAGCGGCUACACUCCGGUCCACCUGGCCAUGCUGGGGCGCCGUCUGGCGCUGAGGAGCAGGGCUGGGGCCACGGGGCAGGUUCGUGCAGUGGCCCUGCCCUGGCUGCUCCUUGCAUUCAGCCAGCUUCUCUCCCCUGGGUGCCCCUUCCUCCUCCACCUGAGUGGUGCGCUUACAGGGCUGGCCUUGGCAGAUUGGUCCAGGGUCUUGUCGUGGCUGGAGCUGUCGGAGAGGCGCCUGGAAGUGCUGCAUGAUGGGACCGUCUGCAGGACACUGGCGGGAAGCAGAUUCGUCCGCUUUAUCCUGUGCCCAAGAGGGGGGAUCCUUCCCACAAGCCAUGUGGCCAGCACCAGGGGCAGGUCUCCGGGACUCUCUGCCCCCUCAGCCCAGCAGUGCUUCUCGGGGGGCCUUUCAGACCAGUCCUUAGCUGUGGCACCUGCUUCUCCCUGGGCUGCUGAAAGACCUAGGUGCUGGCAGGGCUCUGGGAUGUCGUACCCGUCCGUCCCUCUGGCUCGCUUCCCAGAUCUCCAUGGGGGCCCUCCCUCAUGGGACAGCCCCAGCCUGCACUCUGGGGCAUCACUCUUGGGCCCGGGAGAGGUCCUGCUGGAUGAGCAGUUGCUGCUGGCCGGGAUCCAGGCCUCCCUGAAGGACGCCAGCCUGGAGGCUGCCGUGGGAGGAGUGCAGCUUUCCAAAUCCUCUGUCUCCUCUCUGCGGCUGCAGCAGCUGGAGAGGAUGGGCUUCCCCACAGAGCAGGCGGUGGUGGCGCUGGCAGCCACGGGCCGAGUGGAGGGGGCCGUCUCGCUGCUGAUCGGAGGCCAGAUCGGGGACAAGGCCGUGGUGACGUUGGAGAGCAGGCCAGCCUGCCGUGAGCAUCUGCUUCCCACAGAGCAAGCCAUACCUACCACAGAAUAAAGGGCUCCAGUAAUUAACAGCAGAAAUAACGGCCCAAAGCUGAGCCAUCGUGUUUGAGAUCACCAGGCCCCCGGGGAAGGAAGAGAGCAAAGCCCAUUACCGGAAGCACCAUGAGCUUGGGGGCCUGCACCCUCUAUCCGAAGAUGUGGGAGUCCUGUAGGGCUCAGCUCCAGGCCUGGGCUCCCUUGGGAACGGCUGCGUGAGAGGACGGGGAAACAGGAGAGGUGAGGCCGGUUCUGAGCUGCGUGCUGCAGGGAGGAAGAGCAGUUGCAUGACUGAGGCAUGGCUCGGGCUGUGCAGAGGAGUCACGUGCAGCAUGGUGCCUCCUACCUUCUCCAUCCCUUCUCUUGUGCCAGCCCCCACAGGCUCCGGCCUCUUGUUUUCUGCCUGACCCAUCCCUUCCUUGGUAAGGCCAUGCUAAAUUUUAACGUGAGUUAGCAGCCAGGCUAGUACAGGCCAUUCUGGUCCUCCCAAAUGUUUGUUCCAGGGCACAAGCCUUUAUGAUUUGGGCUGGUAUUCAAGCCGUGUCCUGGAACUCACAGUUAGGGAGCAUCCACGCUAGCAUGGGCAAAUAUAUUAGCAAAUUGGUGACUGAGUAACUGGCAUUAGGAAGCACCAGUGUAGACAGAUCUGUCACUAGCUGGGGUUGGGGGUGAGGCCAGCAGUGGGGGCAGGAGCACCGAGGAACUCCACAGCCCAGGGAGCUCCAGGUUUAAUGCUGCUGCCGGGGGCAGGGGAUGCUAGAAAAUAGGCAAGAUCCAUGCUUGUGUCCUCUGGAGCCUAAACUCUGCCACACAUCGCAUCAUCCCAGGCAGUCCCAUGGCAUUCAGGGUGGGGGGUUAUGUCACCAGCAGUCUGGGAAUCCUAAACAGUAACUAACAUCCCGCAGCAUGUGGCUGAGCUCCCCAAAGGCUGACUCCCCUGGAAAGCAGAGGGGAGGGCUAGCCAGGGAAAGGUGCCUGCCAGCUCCCAGCCCAUUGCCUGGAAGGUGGAACCUGCUUUCUCUGCCUGCCCUCUGGUUGGCUUUACCAAGGUGUUGGCUCCUGGACCUACCAGCUGCCGACAUGAUGGUGCCCUGCCUACAUGGGAUUCACCUGGAGACCACCAGCAUCAUCCCCCUUCAGCUCCUUUCCAGCCUUGGUCUAUCUUGCCACAGGCUGUGAGAGCCAGUGAGCCCUGCCACCAUUGCUAAGGGCCCCUGCAGAAGUGCCUGCUGCCCGGCCAGCCGGACGUGCCUGCCUGGGGAGCUACCUGUGGACCCCUGGAGGUGACCUGUUGCUGUUCUUUGCUGGAGAAAUAAAGUUUCUCGAAACCGU